GAACGUUUCGAUUUGCAUAGCAUCCCGGGCAAGGAGAUACGAGAAGAUACAUUUAGGAAAAUGUCAGACUAUUCCAGCAGCGGCAACUCCCCGAAGGCUGAGAAAUCCGUGAGCUAUGCCCUUUAUCUCCAUCGGCGGGAGUUGGGGCGCCCCAAACGGCGGAUGAUGCGCAUCUGCAGCACCAAGUUGCAGCUAACAAAUGAGCUCAUCCAGCUGCAACAGCGCCGCCAGUGGGAGACGGCCUUUGACCUCGAGUUCGACGCGGAGGCCAGUUCCCAGCAGAUGAGUGCCCUGGAUAGGGAACGGGAGUAUCGCGACAGAUUGCAAACCAAUAUGCAGCGGCAACUCGAGAAGCAGCAGAAACGCAAGCGAAAGUAUCUCCAGGAAAUCGGCAAGCUAUAGGCAAUACAGUAUCAAGUACUAUCAAGUCCAACGCGGAAGUCAUUUAUUUAAUUGAGGACCAUAUUAGG